UGGAAAUCGAGGAUAGCAAACAGUCAGCUCUGUACGUGUACCAUGAGCGAUCCGUGUGUGAGAGAAAUAAAGACUGAGGAAGACUACGCUAGUCUAGUGAAAGGCGAUCAGAGCGGCAAACUGAUUGUUGUCGACUUCUAUGCGGAUUGGUGCGGUCCAUGCAGACAAAUAGGACCCAAACUGGAGGAACUGGCGAUGAGGUACAGUGGAAAAUUCUUCGCUUUCAAAGUGAACGUGGAUGAACUUGAUGAGGUGGGCGAAGAAGAGGGAGUUACUGCCAUGCCCACAUUCAUAUUUUAUAAAGGUGGUGAGAAGGUGGAUACGAUGGUUGGAGCAAGUGAAAGCAAACUGUCAGGAAAGAUUGAAAAUCACUUGUGAUCGUCAGCAUUUAAGUGCACACGACCUGCUGAUGACUUCAGUACUCUGUCUGAGUUUCUUCAAUUUUGAUUGUAGUGAUCACUCAUUGUCUCUUCCUUUUUAAAGCAUUUUGCUGAUAGACUAGAAAAUUGAAUUCUUGUCAGCCAUUAGCUGUUGCUUUUGAAUUAACGCUCUAGUGUGAAUGUUCUAGAUCUGUCUAGUGCUUGAAUCUUCCCGUUGUAAUUAUAGCACACGUAGUAGUGA